AUGGUGGAAAGUGUUGGUGAUGAUGAGCAUAAGAAGAAGAAGGAGGUUAAGAGUCUGGCAUUCUUGAAACUGUUGAGCUAUGCUGACAUGGUGGAUUGGAUUCUGAUGGGUUUGGGAAGUGUUGGUUCCAUUGUGCAUGGCAUGGCACUUCCUGUGGGGUAUCUGUUGUUGGGAAAAGCUCUUGAUGCUUUCGGAAACAAUAUUGAAGACAUAGAUGCCAUGGUUAAGGCUCUUAAAAAGAUUGUUCCAUUUGUCUGGUAUAUGGCCAUAGCCACAUUUCCUGCUGGGGUACUUGAAAUUGGUUGUUGGAUGUAUGCAAGUGAAAGACAGUUAUUGCGGCUAAGAUUAGCAUAUCUGAGAGCAGUUCUUAACCAAGAGAUAGGAGCUUUUGAUACAGAGCUAACAACUGGGAAAGUCAUCAGUGGAAUAAGCAACCACAUGAGUGUCAUACAAGAUGCCAUUGGUGAGAAGUUGGGUCACUUCACCUCUAGCUGUGCAACUUUCUUUGCUGGAAUUGUGAUUGCUGCAAUAUGCUGUUGGGAAGUGGCGCUUUUAUGUUUAGUGGUUGUCCCACUUAUUCUUAUAAUUGGGGCAACUUACACCAAGAAAAUGAACAACAUAUCAACCACCAAAAUGCUUUUCCAUUCUGAAGCUACAUCUAUGAUAGAGCAGACAAUAUCACAAAUAAAAACAGUUUAUGCUUUUGUUGGAGAGAGCUCCGAAAUCAAAUCCUUUACAGAGAACAUGGAUAAGCAAUAUAUUAUAAGCAAAGGGGAGGCACUUGUGAAAGGAGUUGGAACAGGGAUGUUGCAAACAGUGAGUUUCUGUUCUUGGGCUUUCAUUGUAUGGGUUGGAGCUGUUGUGGUCAGAGCAGGAAGAGCAACAGGAGGAGACAUAAUAGCUGCAGUGAUGAGUAUUCUCUUUGGUGCCAUAUCACUCACUUAUGCAGCACCAGACAUGCAAGUAUUCAAUCAGGCAAAAGCUGCAGGAUAUGAAGUUUUCCAAGUGAUCCAAAGAAAGCCUCUGAUAAGUAAUGAAUCAGAAGGGAAGAUGCCUAGCAGAAUCAAAGGUGACAUUGUCUUUCAAGAUGUUCACUUUUCCUACCCAUCACGCCCAGACAAACCAAUCCUUCAAGGACUGUCCUUGUCCAUUCCAGCUGGAAAAACAGUAGCAUUGGUUGGUAGCAGUGGCUGUGGAAAGAGCACUGUUAUUUCCCUGGUUAACAGAUUUUAUGAUCCCUCAAGAGGAGUUAUCUUUAUUGAUGGUCAGAAUAUCAAGGAUCUUAAUCUGAAGUUCCUUCGACGAAACAUAGGGGCCGUUUCCCAAGAGCCAUCACUCUUUGCAGGCACCAUCGAGGAUAACUUGAAAGUGGGGAAAAUGGACGCAGAUGAUCAAGAGAUUCAGAAGGCAGCUGUAAUGUCAAAUGCACACUCUUUCAUAUCUCAGCUGCCUAAUCAGUACCUGACCGAGAAAGCUUCAUAA